AUGAGAGGAGAGGAGGGUGAAGCUUUGACAAGGACACUUCUGAUUUUUCCCUGCUUUGGGCGUCUCUCGGCAGCUAAAGAGGAGGGUGAAGCUUCUUUGACAAGCAAGAGAUUGUUAAAGAAGAUAAGCAUCACAUCAUCUCAAUUCAUCAAGGACCCUGAAACACUAAUAUCCAAAGAUGGUAACUUCACCUUUGGAUUCUUUAGCCCUAUAAAUUCUACAAAUCGCUACGUUGGAAUUUGGUGGAAAUCUCAAUCUACAAUCAUAUGGGUGGCAAACAGAAAUCAACCACUGAAUGAUUCUAAUGGGAUUGUCACAGUAUCUGAAGAUGGAAAUCUUGUCGAAUUAAAUGGACAGAAACAAAAGUGUUUGGAUGCAUCAAGUGUUUCCAACAUAGCAUCCAAUACAAGUUGUCAGUUUUCAGACUUCGGUAACCUUGUCCUUUUGGACAGCACAACUGGAAACACCUUAUGGCAGAGUAUUCAGCAACCUUCGGAUACAUUACUGCCUGGCAUGAAACUUUCAAUCAACAAAAGAACAGGUAAGAGUAUAAACCUAAAUUCAUGGGAAAGCCCUUCUGACCCAUUCGUUGGCAACUUCUCUUGUAGUACUGUUGAAAGUCUACAUAUAAUUGAAGUGUUCAUUUGGAAUGAUACUCGACCAUAUUGGCGCAGUGGUCCUUGGAAUGGCGGGGUCUUCACUGGGAUACAGACAAUGACAGUAGUGGCAUAUUUCUUUAGUUUUCGAGGGGGUGAUGAUGGAGAAGGGAAUACUAACAUAUAUUAUACAAUACAAAAUGAUGAGGAAUUUAUCAUCUAUCACCUGAAUUCGCAAGGAAAAUUAUAA